UGGAGGCAGUAAUCUGUAGAGUGGAAGGUGUGGAGGGUUAUCAAUUGAAGAUUGGAUUUGCAAACUGAAGGGAGAUUUGCCAAGGAUUGUGAUCUGCAUUGGCAUGAUUAUGAUGAUGAGGUUGAUGGAGCAUGGUAACAUGAUUAUGGAAGCAGGGUGUGUAAUGAUGAGCAUCAAAGAAGCGAUGACGCCUCUGUAAGGAUUAUGGGUUGAAGUCAGAGCUGAGCAUCAGAAAAGCUGGAAGGGUCAGGAGCAUGCUGGAAAGACGGUUGUAGCUGUUUUCGGCAGACAGAGGCUGGACCGAUCUCAGUGACGCCAUCUGUUCAAGCGGAAGAUGACCGAAAAUCAGUCGGGAGAGUAUAAGCGUGUGAAGGUAGACGAAGAGGCAACAGCUUCAUCCUCCACUUCAAAGGCAGGGCCAGGGACAUCGGGAGGGAAAGCAGGCGUUGAUGACCGAGGAGCAGGACAGGUGAAGGCAUGCGGCCCUUCUGCCCCGGAAGGGCAGCCUCAAGGUCCACGCAUGGCAUCGGGGUCAGCUUUGGGGAGAAAUCACUCUGCAUCCAGUACAAGCGCGGUCGCAAGCGGGAUUGCGGCCCCUAGUGCGAGCAUGGUUAGUGCCCCACACCGUGCAGGUGCAAGUGGUGGAGCCGUUGCUGUCGAUCAGCUUCCGAAGGAGAUGCACGAGAUGAAGAUCCGAGACGACAGGGCUGAGAAUGGGGGCGACGAUAAGGAUUUUGAGGCUGUGAUUGUUGAGGGAAAUGGCGCAGACACUGGGCAUAUCAUCACGACAACGAUUGGUGGAAAGAAUGGGCAGCCAAAGCAGUCUAUCAGCUAUUCGGCGGAAAGAAUUGUUGGGAACGGAUCCUUUGGAGUUGUUUUUCAGGCGACAUGUGUGGAGAGUGGAGAGACAGUUGCUAUCAAGAAGGUCUUGCAGGACAAGCGGUACAAGAACAGGGAGCUCCAGAUAAUGAGGUUGCUGGAUCAUCCAAACAUUGUAACACUGAAGCAUUGCUUUUACUCAACAACCGACAAGGAUGAGCUGUACCUGAACUUGGUCCUGGAGUAUGUUCCGGAGACUGUGUACCGGAUUGCCAAGCAUUAUAACAAGAUGAGCCAGAGGAUGCCUUUAAUAUAUGUGAAGCUGUACACAUACCAGAUUUGCCGGGCGCUGGCGUAUAUUCAUAACGGAAUGGGCGUCUGCCAUCGGGAUAUAAAGCCCCAGAAUUUGCUGGUGAACCCUCAAUCUCAUCAGCUAAAGCUUUGCGACUUUGGGAGCGCGAAAGUACUGGUUCGGGGAGAGCCAAACAUUUCGUACAUAUGUUCACGGUAUUACCGUGCCCCAGAGCUGAUCUUUGGAGCCACGGAGUACACUACGGCCAUUGAUAUUUGGUCAAUGGGUUGCGUCAUGGCUGAGCUCCUCCUUGGACAGCCUUUGUUUCCCGGCGAGAGUGGAGUUGAUCAGCUGGUGGAGAUCAUAAAGGUUCUUGGUACACCAACAAGGGAGGAGAUAAAGGCCAUGAACCCAAACUACACAGAGUUUAAGUUCCCUCAAAUCAAGCCUCAUCCAUGGAACAAGGUCUUCCACAAGAGAAUGCCAAGCGAGGCAGUUGACUUGGUGUCAAAGUUACUCCAGUACUCUCCUCACUUGCGGUACAACGCUGUAAAGCUGAAAUCGGCUUCCCCUGAACUGCUGCAGAAGCUCAUUCCAGAGCAUGCCAGGAAGGCGAAUGCGCAGCUGUUAAACAUGUAGACUGAUUGAAUGAGACAUUGUUUACAUAAUCCCCUAGCAGGUAGAGGCUGGCUUUGCUCUGCUUGCCGGGAUCCGUCCACAGCCUUGUCCAAGACACAUCGCGGUUCUCGGCUAGCAUGCACAGUCGGAAGGAAAAAAAGUACUCCUUGUGAAGAUUUGCGCCUGUUUGGGAGCACCUUCAAGACUGACCUGGAAUCUCCAAUCAAUGAUGGUUCAUAGUCUGGGUAUUGGAACAUCUCCUCACUGUCAGACGGUGAUUGCUUGCUGCCGGGUGGCAGUCACUAUCCCUUGUCCCUAUCUGAAAUUGUUCGUCGCUGUGGCAUCGCAGGUACUACGCCUUCUGCUCUCAUGUUGCCCCCUUGCAUCCCACUCCCCAGUCUCCAUCCAUUCAGAUAGCCGGUUGCAAGUCAUGCAUCUGGUUCGCAUGGGAUGGUCACAUUGAUCGUCCUUUCCGCAGGAAUGGAAAGCUGGCCAUGAUGUGUCUCUGCCUUUCACUCUCUUCCUCUUCUUCUCGCCCAGCAAUGCGUCCUCCUUCAGAAAGCCGGCCGCAGGUCAUGCAUCUGGUUUGCAACCAUUGGAUGGUGGAGUUGAUUGUCCUUUCUGUAGGAAGGGAAGCAUGCAAUGAAUAUAUCUCUUCCUUUCUCUCGCUUCCUCUUCUUAUUGAUCAGCAAUGUGUCCUCCUCCUCCUCCUCCUCCUCCUCCUCCUCCUCCUCCUCCUCCUCCUCCUCUUCCUGCCCUCCUACUCGUAUGUUUCAUGAAGAAUGCGGGUUAAAAAGGAGCUGGCAAGGUAGCUUGAUUGCGGGAACUCUUCCUUCUUUUAAGCGAAAAGCUUGAUUGCUCAAAUGCUAUUCGAUUGGCCUUUUUAUCUUAGAAGCUGUAAACCUGGUUGGCGAAUUCCAUCAUUGCUGCAUCCUUCCUCCCUCCCAGCCUCCUCUAAUGUCUCAGGUUUAUCUAUUGCCAACCUGCCCUUGUCCCCCCAUUGCAUUUGUAUCCACGGCAUAAUGGCAUCUGGAAGAAAAUGCUGGCUCUCCUCCACAGCAUCUAUGAGCGGGAGUUUGUGGGUCUCCUGUUUGAUGUGCUUCUUGUCGGCGCGGAUGGACCCCAGCGAAGGUUGCUGUUAAGGGCCAUGGCUGGUGUUUGGUACUGUUGAAGGCUAAGCUGCUGUUAAUUCGUUGCUCGAUCUCUAAGUGUGACGAGGUCUUAAGGUGAUGGUGGAUGCGCAGGGGAGAGAAGGAUGCAGAAUCAUACGCAGCUGAACUGGCACAGGAUAAGGCGCCGGGUAAACCGGUGGGCUGUAAGCUAUUGGACAUAUCUAUGUACAGAUGUAUUACGACUCUAGUGCAGUCUGUUAGAACCUGGGUGGCAGAUGAACUGGAGAGACACUUUUCUUUGCCUUGCGGCCUUGCUCAUGCAUUUGCUAGGCGGGCAAGCAAACGGUGCGCGGGUCACGCGAUCCAUUUCCGUGUUCACAUGGUCGCUUACAGGUUUGGCAGUGUUCGCAUGGUGCAUAUGGUGGUAGAGGGCCAUGUUCUUAUGCAUUCUGUGUGUUAGCAUACAAACAAUGGAAUGGACGAAAUACUUAUCGGAGGAAAGCAUUCCUUGUUCUUCACCUAAUUACCGUCGAAGGACAGUGGUGCAGAAGGUGUACUGAUAUUGGUCAGGGGACAUGCUUGAGCUUGGGUCCGUUAACCGGGUGUUGAUACCUGCUGUUUCAAGAGGGAUUGAGGGGGAUUAAUUUGUGGCCGAAGGUCUGAGGAAUGGGCGUGCGGAAAGGAGAGAACGAUGGCACAGGAAUGGGCGUGAGUUGCAGAAAGGAGAGAAAGAUGGCAGUGCAAAGCCAAGUGGAUGUGUGAGUUGACUUGGCAAAGGCCUGGAUCGUGGACAAGAGGGCGUGAGUACAUGGAGGGGUGUUGACGGCAUCGGCAUUGUGGUUUAUUCAUCUGUAUAGUAGUAUUAGCUAUAGCUUGUUUACUCUGUAAGAGGAACCCAAAGGAGAUGAGUACCUGGCACGGACAACUGGAGGGGGAGAGGCAGGGAGAAGGGACGAGGAGAGUCUGUUAGUCGCUGAUCACACUAGAGAAAAGGAGAGGGUACCGAAUCCGGAGAGAAUGCAGGCCACAUGGCUCACAUAUGAAUUGUAAUGAGAAGGAGAUGUCACUACUCUUUACUUGUAGUGGAAGCUGAAAAUAGCAAAACCACCGCUGCUCUGCCAGUUAAUUAUGACGACAGUAUUUGAGUCAUGAGCAAUCUCUGCCUGCCCUCAUCAAAUUAGAGGAGAGAGGACUUUUAUUCCGGGUAAGAGGGGUUUUGAAAUAGCCCUGGGAUGGAC